AUGUAUCCUAUAAUUUCAGCGCCAACAACUACUAUCAAGCCAAAGCCUUAUCCUCACACUACGACAAAUGCAAUUUCCACUUCUCCUCCACGUACUAAUCCGCCUGAUCGUGGUUUCAAGUAUAACGAUCUGAAUGAUGAUGAAUCAGACUUAACCACCGAAUCCAACUUCCUUAUCUUCCUCACCAAAAUCUCCUCCAUCGCUCGUCUUGCCAAUACAAUCAAAUUGCAAUCAGACAUCAUGAAUCAUUCUGGAAUCGACAAUACAAUCGGUGAGCUUCUCAACUUGGGUCCCUCCAAUGCGUCCGAUCUUCGGAAACUAAAAAUAAGUGGUCUGAAUAAGUUUAUGGAUGUUCUGAAGACUACUAUCCAAUCAAUCGAUAUGAAUAAUUAUGUGAAGGACGGUGAACGUUAUAUCAGCGUUUGCGAAGGCAUUCGGGUUGGAGCGAAACCUAUUCGUAGCAACUCGCCGUAUUCUUUUCCGUUUUCUUUUCGAGCUGAAUUUUAUAAAAAAGUAGAAGGUUUCCUGUAUAAAUUCAAUGACAGCGUGAUCGACAAUGCACUCGGAAAACUGAGAUCAAUAUCCACUACUCUUCAAACAGUACAGACGUAUUCAUUGGAUGAGUUAGUUUUUGAGAAUGAAGUGAUCGAAGUUGUCAGAGGCUUUCAAAAUCUUUCAAAUGAAAUGGAGGAUGCGAAGAAUGAUGUUAUUCAAUUGAAAGAACAUAUUGCAUCUCUGUCCGACUAUCAAUAUUUUAAAGAUGAAUACGAACGGAAUCCAGAGUUAGAAAAACCAAUGAUAUUGAUUGGUCUCGCCGAAACUUGUAGGGAUUUUCGGCGUGUGAAAAUACCUUCUUCAGUUCAGAGGGUUUUAAAACGGAACUUCGGUAUACUAGAUGAUAUGAAAGAAUUCGUGAAAUCGCUUGGAAGUGUUUUUGAUUUUAUCGAGACAAAUAUGAUCAAGUAUCCAAAUGCUCCAUCAGCAGAUCUCAAAGGAUUUGGAGCAAUCAGUCAAUUGUCAUCUGAAAUCGAUGAUCAUUCGUUGAAUGGAUUAUUGAAAAAUCAAACGAAUAUAGAGAAGUUGAUGGAUGGAUUGAGUCCGAUUUUCACGGCACAAAAAACAUCAAAACUGGCAAAUAUAAGCUUCUCGACGAACCAGAAGACUCGUGAUGUUGUUUCAAAUAUCUAUUCAAUUGUGAGAGAUUUGAAUGAAAUUUCAUCGAAAGUUGGAAACCAAGAUAGCAUAUUCAAUGAUUAUCGGCAUUGUUUGAAUACAAGUGAAUAUUUUUUAGACGGCGACCUGCCUAAUGCUCUGGUUCAUGAAGCUGACAUGUGCGACAACCUCUAUAUACUAUCGAUGUUUUGGAUCGAUUAUCAAAAACUUACAACUGAGCUGACCAAUAUAACAAGUUUAAUAACAUUAAAAGAUCCAAAUGACAUUCUGGUAUCUUACACUGAAAUUUCAAAGGUUCACGUUCAAUUGAAAUCAAUACUGAACGAACUGCAAAAGUCGUUGGAUAACUUUAAGAAAAUCCCUAUAUACUUCACUGCCAAAAGCUUUUAUUAUGACAUUCAAAAAGUUUUGAGGUUUAAAGACUCGAUACGAGGUGAACUUGAAAAUGAAGGCUUUUCAAACGAAUACAUGGUUCACAACUGUUUGGAAAAGAUAGGAAGUCGGUCAAGAGAUGUGUUCCUAGCGAGUCGAUUGAUCCGAAAAUUAGCCGCUUAUGUUGGAUCGGAGCAGUUUAUUCUCUUGAAGACCUACUUCGAUAGUCUCAAGAAUCCUGUAAAACUAUUCAAAGCUUAUAAAUCAAUUGGGAAUAAGAUGAUGAAGAAGUCGGAGAAAAAGAAAGUUCAUGAACUGAACAAAAUAGAUUGGUCACUGGCAACUACGAUUGAUAGAGCAGUGACUGGAUUCAAAAAUGUUUUGGAAGUGAAGAAAUUGGUGGAGCUGAAAAUGUUGGAGCGAUUGCUGAGGAAUAAGCUAAGUGUACGCAAUGAGAUUGUGAAAAUUCGAGUGUGGAGUAUAUACCGGAAAUUGCAUAAGAAAUGGAGAAAAGUUUACGAUGUCAUCGCUCGGAUUGAGAUGGGUCUCGAGUUUUUUGAAAAUUGGAUCCAGAAAAAAGAUAUAUCGACAUUAAGAAAUAUUUCGGAGUAUGGAUCAUUCUUCACUGGUUUCGAGAAGAUGCCUGAUAUGUGGAUAGAUGAUUCGUUAUUAGAAGUACUGGAUUACGUGAUACCACUGGUUGAGAAUGGGACAUUGCGGAAUGAGUUGAUUAUUUUGAAAUCAAAAUUGAAUCGGAUGGCUUCUAUGGAUUUGAAGUUCUCUAAGUAUAACUAUGAAAAAGUUCCGGAAGCAUUCGGAAAGUUUGACAAGUUUUUGAAUGAAUUCUUCUCUGAAGAUUUGCCGAUUGGUUCAGAGGAAGUGACGGAGGAUUGGACCAUCUACUACAUGUGCCUCCUACUCCUCAUUUUCAUUCUAAUCACUGGAAUCGUUCUAUUCAUUUUGUGGUACUACAAACUGCUCUGCUUCAAACAACGGAAAAAUAGGACCCUGUGCUCAGUUGUCGAUAUGGAUGCAGAUGAUAAAACAGUGAAUCCAUUGACAGAAGACCUUCUCGUCAUUAUGGUUGUGAAUGCGUCAAUGGGUGCGAUUCAGCAGAAAUACGAGUUAUGGAUGGAGUUGAUGAAGAUGGUGGUGAAUGAGACAAGAAAUGAGAAUAGAGCAUUUCCGUAUGUUCAAUUGGCUAUUCGAAAGAAUUGGGAUGUCAAACUUCCAUUGAAUCCGUGGACGGCACUUCAAUCCAUCAGAAUUCAUGCGAAUACUUUUAUGACUCGGAUUGGAAACAUUUUCACAGUUACACAGGGACCCAUGAAUGCUUCCGAUGACCACGACGACACACGCAUCGAUUUCCUCUCAUUGAUCGUCAAGGACGAGGUGGAAUACGCGGUGAUGAUUGGACAAGCUCAAUCAGAAGAUGAUCCGAAAGACCCCAACCUCUGUGCCGCAUAUUUCAGUCAAGGUCCAGGUGGAUCAGUCAAGAUUGGACCGUUUACUGUGGAGACACUGGACGAGGCACCAUUUAUGUGCCAGGGAACAGCCCAAAUUGAUGUGACACUGCGGACUCUGAAGAUUACGGACAAAAGAAAGAAGAAGGUCUCUCGGACAAUCAAACACUUCCAUAUGUCUACUUGGAAUGAUGAGGAUAUUCCUCCAUUUGGAUAUGAGAUGUGUUAUCAGGUUAUGCAGACGAUCAUCAAGUCAAAAAAACCCAUCCUGGUUCACAACACAAAAGGAGUUGGCAGUGCGAUGGCUUUUGUGGGACUGGAAUACACUUCGAGAAUGAUGGAAUACCAUGAGGAGUACACGUACAAAGAUGCAUUUGGAAAAUUGAUUGAAAAACGUUACUGCUCAUUUCAAAAUGCUCGCCAAAUUGGAUGGAUGCACGUGGGAUCCAUCUUCUUCACCAGCCGUAACCAUAAUCUGGAUAUGUACAUGUUCAAUCAGAUGAACAAUGUCUUCUUGGAAGUGGAUAGAGCAAACAGUGGAGUUCCGAAGAAUGAGAAUGGUGUCAAGUGGUGCUAG